UUUACAUAAACAUAUUUUGUAAAUUAUAGUUCAAUUAAAAUAUAUUAGUAAAAAUGCCUGUAGAUAUAAAAGAACUUACUGAAGGAUGGCUGGAACUGGAAAGUGAUCCUGGUCUUUUUACGCUUCUUUUAGAAGAUUUUGGCGUGAAAGGAGUUCAAGUUGAAGAGAUAUACGAUCUUAACAAACCUUUAGAUAGUCCUGUUUAUGGCUUUAUUUUUCUAUUUAGAUGGGUCGAAGAACGACGGUCACGACGCAAAGUCGUAGAACAAAAUGAAACAUUUGUUAAAGAUGAAGAUAUUGUAAAUAAUAUAUUUUUUGCUCAGCAGAUGGUACCUAAUAGUUGUGCCACCCAUGCACUUAUUUCAAUUUUGUUAAAUUGUCCAACUAUACACUUGGGAGAGACUUUAAUUAGAUUGAAAGCACAUACGCAAGGAAUGAGCCCAGACAAUAAAGGCUGGGCAAUUGGAAAUACACCAGAGUUAGCUUGUGCACAUAAUUCACACGCCAUGCCACAGGCUAAAAGAAGGCUAGAAAAAGGCAGUGGGGUAUCAACUGGUAGAUUUACAGGUGAAGCGUUUCAUUUUGUAAGUUUUGUUCCUAUCGGUGGUAGACUUUUUGAGUUGGAUGGGUUAAAACCAUUUCCAAUAGACCAUGGGCCAUGUAAUGAUAUGGAAUGGACUGACAAGUUUCGUAGUGUUAUUACUGAUAGACUGGGAAUUACAGCUGAUGAAUAUAAUGAAAUUAGAUUUAACUUAAUGGCUGUUGUACCCGAUAGAAGAUUAGCUAUUCAACAUAAGUUAAAAAUGUUACGAACUAAUAAGCAAAUAGUUUUAGAUGCAUUGCAACAUUUAGUUAAAAUCAAAGAUAAAGGAGGCGGUACUAAGUUAGAAAAUCAAGGAGAACAUGUUAAGAUUUCAAUAUCCAACAGUGCUGAAGAGCAAUCUACUGAGGCAUCUAAAGAAGGCCAUUCUGAAGAUGAAUCAAGAAAUUCCAAACCUGAGAUAGUAUCUGCAACCAGUAAAGUAACUCUAUGUCCCCUAGAUUAUGCAACACCUUUAACAAUCCAAACUUCUCCAGCUCCUAGUACUUCAGGCACUGAUACUCCUUCAGAUAUUGGAUCAGCUUUUAACUCUCCAACACAAACAUGGAAUUGGGCUAAUUCUGCAGGAGGUCAAAAUAGUCCUACAUCUAAAGAUUUGAAAAGGUUUGUUGUACUAAGAAUGGCAGAACAGGAAGAUAAGGAGAGAACUAUUUCCAGAUCAAAUUCGGAAAAUACUGAACGAAAAUCAAGUGGAGGUCAUGCUAGAGUACACACUAGUGAUGGAGAUCCAGUUGUAGCUGAAAAAAAGAAUCAAGAAUUGUUAGAACCUCAUACAUUUGCCCCAAAAGAUCUUCUAGCAUUAUUACGAAACUUAGAAAAUGAAAUUUGUAUGUGUGAAAUGAGUCUAAAAGAUGAAAAUGAUAAACAGAAUAAAUAUAAGGUAGAUGACAGUCGCAGAACUCAUAAUUAUGAUGAAUUUAUUUGCACGUUUUUAUCUAUGCUUGCUGAACAGGGAAAACUUGCAGAUUUAGUGGAACAAAAUCUUGUAUUGCCAAAAAGACCUAACAACUCGACACCAGUGCCUAAGCCAACUAAAAAGAAAAAAGACGGUGGGAAGAGAAAGAAGAAAGGACGCUCAAAAGUUAAAAAACGAAGAUAAAAUGUUAUUUUUUCUCUAUGUGUAGAUAUUUAUAUAAGUACAUGAACUCAUACUAAGCAUGCAUGACAUU